CUCUAUUUCCAUGCUGAAUACUGCCAGCUGCAACUUUUGUCAGCGCACAGCUGCCGGUGGUUCCUCCUCACACACACGCAUAUACACACACACACACACACACACACACACACACAACAAGCUGGCUUCAUUAAAAGUCCAGAGGAGGCAGCUGGAUGAUGUCAUAUCCGUGAAGAAAAGGGUCCCUAGAACCUAAACGCAGCUCGGAUUUGCGCUGCAUGCGUGCCCACAAACUUUUUGCCCCUCUCUCCCCUCCAGUGACGAGCUUUCUCCCCCUGCUGCCCACAUGGCGUGCGUAACGGGGACGAGUGGAUGGAUGCGCUCUCCUCCUCAUCCUCUUCCUCCUGUUCCUCCUCCUCCCCAGGAAGCCGCGGUUCUCACCAGCAGCAGCUCGUAGAGUGGACGAGGUGGCUGCGAGCCCACACGGGCACAAAACCUGCGUGAAAACAUUGUUUUGUACCCGUCGCAGGAGGAGAGGAGAGGAGAGGAGAGGAGAGGUGGAGGAGGGAGAAACACCGAAGCCCAGCAGACAGGAUGUGGUCGCUGUCCGUGGUCCUGAACCCGCUGCUGGUCCUGCUGCUGUUCGGAUACUGCCCUUCAGUGACCAUCAGGCCAAAGGAGGGGUGGCAGGUGUACAGCUCAGCUCAAGAUGCGGAUGGGCGUUGUAUCUGCACAGUGGUGGCACCUGAACAGAAUCUGUGCUCCAGAGAUGCCAAAGGCAGACAGCUCCGCCAGCUCCUGGAGAAGGUGCAGAACAUGUCGCAGUCAAUCGAGGUGCUGAACCUGCGGACGCAGAGGGACUUUCAGUAUAUCAUGAGGAUGGAGAGCCAGAUCAAAGGACUGCGGUCAAAGUUUCGACAGAUCGAAUCGGACAGGAAGACGCUCGUCAACAAAAACUUUCAGGAGCUAAAGGGAAAGAUGGAGUCCCUGCAGCCGCUGAUCCCUGUCCUGGAGCAAUACAAGACGGACGCUAAGCUCAUCUCCCAGUUCAAAGAGGAGAUCAGGAACCUGUCCGGUGUGUUGAUGGGCAUCCAGGAGGAAAUGGGCGCCUACGACUACGAGGAGCUGCAGCAGAGGGUCCUAAACCUGGAAAACCGGCUCCGCAACUGCAUGAGCAAACUCACAUGUGGCAAACUAAUGAAGAUCACUGGGCCUCUGACUGUGAAAACUUCAGGGACCAGAUUUGGAGCCUGGAUGACCGACCCGCAAGCGUCUCCCAAAAACAACAGGGUCUGGUACAUGGACAGCUACACCAACAACAAGAUAGUCAAAGAGUAUAAAUCCAUCGCUGAUUUUGUGUCAGGUGUUGAGUCGAGAACCUACAACCUGCCUUUCAAAUGGGCCGGAACCGACCACGUGGUGUACAAUGGCUCCCUGUACUACAACAAGAUGCAGAGCAACAUCAUCGUGAGGUACAGCUUUGAGACGGGCCGCGUGGUCACCCAGAGGGCUCUGGAGUCGGCGGGCUUCCACAACGUGUACCCCUACACCUGGGGAGGCUUCUCCGACAUCGACAUGAUGGCGGACGAGCUGGGCCUGUGGGCCGUGUACGCCACAAACCAGAACGCCGGGAACAUCGUCAUCAGCCAGCUGAACCCGGAUACGCUCCAGAUCCUCAGCACAUGGAACACAGAAUACUCAAAGAGGAACGCCGGCGAGUCUUUUAUGAUCUGUGGGACGCUCUACAUCACUAACUCCCACCUGACCGGUGCCAAGGUGUACUAUGCUUACUCCACUAAGACCUCCACAUACGAGUACACAGACAUCCCCUUUCAUAACCAGUACUUCCACAUGUCUAUGCUGGACUACAACUACAGGGACCGCGCCCUCUACGGCUGGAACAACGGCCACCAGGUGCUGUUUAAUGUUACACUUUUCCACAUCAUUAAAACUGAGGACGACUCUUAAGCGGAGGAAGAUACUGUACACAUGAAAGAAAUUAUGGAUGAUGGAUGGUUGCGCCUGAAUGUUCAAAUUAAUUUAUUUAUUUAUGUAAUUUCCCUGAUUAUUUUCGGAUAUUUUAUAGGAAUCUAUUUACAGACAUCUUGCUAUUUGCCUGUUUUCAUAUGAAGAGUUAAUCAAUUUCUCCAUGUGAAAACGUGACACUUGGAGGUGCAUUAUGAAACAUAUUGCAGGUAAUACAAUUUUAAUUUAAUAAUGGCACCUUUACUGAGCAACUAUUAGAAACACUGAACAAUGAACUUCCUGUAAUUUCUGCAGUUCCUUUUUCUCCCCAAAAAUGAAAGCUUUUCUUCCAAAAAGUCUUCAUAUUUUUAAUGGUUUUCUCAUUCAGUAUUGCAUUUAUUCAUGCCCCCUAAUGUAUUCAUAUUUUGACUGUGUUCACUAAUUGUUCAUUUUGUUUCCAUUCUUUCCUUGCCAUUUAUUCAUCAUCAUCUGCUAAUUUAUUCCUGCCUUUCACUGCCUCCAUUUAGCUUUCAAUUUAUCUUUGUACUUUUCCUUUCAAAUGUUUUUUUGCACUUGACCUUGUGCAAGACAAUGAGAAAUGUGGUGAACCAUAAUGCACCUGUAUAGUUACUGUACUUGGCUAUUUUGUGUCUAUGAAGAUUCUCAGUCAUCCAGGUCAUAGGAUGUCUUGAAGUACUAAGUCAAAGUGCUUCAGCAAACUGCAGAACUGCUCGCCUUUAACUUCGUACUUUGAGAUAUUGGCUUUUUUGUAACUUCAGCAACAGUUUGUAUGCCUUAUUCAGUGCAGUACGUUCUGUAAGCCCAAGGGAUAACCGCUCUCGUGCAUGAAUGUUGGCUAUCCUAAUAGCAUUUUUACUGUAACUGUAUAUCUGUGUAUUUUGUAUCUGCACAACAUCCCAUUCUCCUUCGUCUCUAGUAUAUUAAUGGUAAAGAUCCAUUUAUACAAACAGCAGUAGAUAACUUUAAUAAGCAUUCAUUUGUGUAAAUAAGAAGUUAUACAUAACCAAAAUAAAAGUAUUGUUUUCAUUAA